AUAAUUAUCGCAACAAAUGAGCAAAUGAUGCCAGAAAAUCUUCAAACAUCAUUAGAAAAAGCGAUAAAUAAGGUGAAAGAAUCAAAAAUUUUAAAAGAAGCAAUAAGUAAUUUGAAAAAAUUAUCAGAAAUAUCAGACAAUCAAGAUGUUAAAAAAUAUUUUCAAGAACUUGAUCAACAAUUUAAAAUUCAAGAACUUGAACAACAACUUAAAGAUUUUGAUAAACAGUUUUGA